AUGGGAGGUAAGGUGAGCUAUAUCAACAAGACACAGACAGAACAAAAAGUAUUAUCGCUGGACAUAGGGAAGAAAGGCCUUCAGAAGAUCCCUGAGGAAGUGUUUACAUCGCCCACGCUCAACUGGCUGAUUGUCUCGAACAAUAGGAUACGAUCCAUCCCAAAAGAGAUAAAGUACAUGACAAGUCUCACGCGGCUUGCGCUGAACGACAACUGGAUAGAGACAGUGUCUGAAGAGAUGGGCGAGAUAACAAAUCUCACAUGGGUUGAUCUUACGCGCAAUAGACUCCGAGAUCUUCCAGACACUCUUUCCAAUCUCAAAAACAUCGCAGGCCUGGGGCUCAGCGAGAACAGAUUUGAGAAGAUUCCAGACUGCGUGUUUGGAAUGACCUCUCUGUGCAAGUUUGGGUUCUUCAGCAACAAACUAACAGCUAUCCCCCCAGAGAUAGCCAUGCUUCAAAAUCUCACAAAAAUAGAUCUGAGCAACAACGACAUCGUAAGCGUGCCCAAGGAGAUAUGCAAGCUCUCCAGGCUCGUAUGGCUGAAUCUGAGCAACAACAAAAUAAAAGAGCUGCCUGCUGAAAUGGGCAGAUUGUACCUACUACAAGAGCUGGGCCUAGGAAAUAACUCACUUACGCACUUGCCUGACUUGGGCGCGCUAAAGCGCCUUAUGAUACUCCCCGUGUACAGAAACCAGCUGGAAGAGCUUGGCGCAUGGGUGGGAAAGCUUGACAGAGUUGAAAAGCUGGACUUCAGCAACAACAAGCUUAAGGCCAUUCCUCCCUGCAUAUUUUCUCUGAAAAAACUUCGAUAUCUCAACGUAAAAAACAACCUCCUGGAAGAGAUAGAGAUGCAGGUCUAUCCCUGCACAACCUACCCGCUAGAAAUAAUAGACCUAAGCGAUAACCUGCUGAAGCACAUACCCUACAAGCUGUUCACCGUAUUUUCAUCGCUGUCUACGCUUCGGGCAGUUGGGAACCCGUACGAGCAAGAACAAAGAAUAGUCCCGAGAACAUGCCCCACACUUAAUCAGCUCUGCAGUGUAUAUAUCAUACCAGGCCCUGGGAUAUGGCCGCACAAAGAGUGCGUGUUCUCCAGGGAUGGAAGGGUGUGCGACUCGUGCAACAAGUGGUUCUCGUACGAGCCUCGGGUUAUGCUCAAAAAACAGAUUUCAUUAGACGGCCGCCGGGUUAUUGUAAAAAAGAUACUCUGCUCAGCACACUGCCAGCUGAGCAGCUAG